AUGGCCAUUAACGCACAGGCUUUUGAUUACACCCUUGAAAAGGUUGUUGCGUGGUACAAUGUUAGAGAUAGAGUUCAAGACUACGGGUCACUCUAUGGGGUUCCGAUACAGUGCAACGACUGGGCUGUUUUAUCAUGGGGACGACCGGCAAUUUCUGACUGCUUGCACACUCCUGGGCAGUGCCGCGAACGUCUUAAAGAGAGCGACUUAGUCUGCGACUCAACCCAGAAUUCUUCAUUCGACGUUCUUUCUGCUAUGACUACUACUGAUGAAUGUUCUGGUUCUACUGCUGACAUUAACAAGCCUUUUCGUUUUGAGGGUUUGCACUUUAAACGUUGGAGACAGAAGAUGCUGUUUUUUCUGACUAUGAAAAAAGUUGUGUUUGUGCUUACUGUUUUGAAACCAGUUGUGUCUGAGACUCCACCUCCUGCCGAGAAGAAGGAUGAAGUCGAGAAGUACGAAUCGCAGGUUAAGGAAAGGGACUCCUGGGUAGAGAAUGAUUUUCUGUAUAAGAAUUUUAUUUUGAACGGUUUGUCUGAUGAUUUGUAUGAUUAUUAUAAUUCUGACAAAUCUGCCAAGGAGAUAUGGGAAGCAUUACAGAAAAAAUAUGAUACCGAGGAGGCGGGAACAAAGAAAUAUGCUGUGAGCCGCUACCUGAAGUUUCAAAUGACCGAUGAUAAAUCAGUCGAAGCCCAGUCUCACGAGCUUCAGAAAAUAGCUCACGAAAAACAAAUAAUCAAACCCGAACCCGAAACCCGUUUGGCGUCUUUUCGGGUUGAACCUGACCCGACCAAACGGGUUUUUGGGUAA